GUACAGAUGGCGUUGACAUCAUUGUUCCGAUCGCCAGAGAUAGGUUAUUGCGGACUUUCUGUCGGUUAAAUUAAACUUGAUUGUUUGUAAUAAUUAAUAUUUGUUACGCAGAUUUUUCACGUUUAAUGCGGUUAAAGUAGUGUUCAAAUACUUAUAAAUCAUGACGACUACCGUGACAGAUGUGCAGCAACGCGAUUAUGAAUAUUAUCAGAAAAUGCAGGGUGUGACGGGGUUGACACCAGAGGAGUUGAAAGCCUGGGAGACAUGUAUGAAGAACUCUAGUUUCAUAGUGCCAGGACUUGUUGGUGCAGCCUUUGGAUACGGAGUGCUUAGAAUUACGCCAUUUCGCUCCAAAGCAAAAUAUUCUGCCAUUGUUGGUGGUCUGUUGGGCAUAAUAUCGAGCAGGAUAGCCAUUGCUGAUAUAUGCCUGGCAAAACUUGCAGCUUUACCAAACAGCACUCUCAAGGAUAGAUUGGAAGAAGCAGGCUAUAAAUUCCCUCCACAUAGGCUUAUGAGAGAGAGGCAGUAUCAAGAUUUUCAGCCAAUGGAUGUGCAAUCAGAGAUUCAGAGUUCGGAAGAACCAUCCACAGGAGUAGUAUUCAAUGAUUAUCCAUCGAUGAACACAUAUGACGCUUAUUCUAGUCUUAAUGAUAGCAGUGAUUUCCAAGUCUCCGAGGAUACGGAUCUAACUGAACCAAUAAAUCUACAAAAAGGCGUCAGUUACGACGAGUUAAGGCACCAAAAUAGGGAUGAAUUUUAUAAGAAAAACAAGCAAUGGUACACUCCUAGAAUUCCAGAAAGACCUCCGCCAAGAAAUGAGACGAACCAACGAGUUCCCACAGCCAGUAGUACUCCACCGUUGCAGGAGAAGACAAAAUACGGUGACGUGUGGGGAUAAAAUCAAAUUGCUAGAAGCGGUAAAUUUUAUUAUACCUGCAUAUUAGAAAUAUUGCGUGUAUAUAUAUAUAUAUAUAUAUAUAUAUAUAUAUAUAUAUGUAGAUUAUUGAUAUUUUGAAUUAUGUGAAUAAGAAUAGGAAGAGUUUUAAAUCUUGGUAAAAGUAUUUGAAUAAAAUAAACGAUAUGAAUCACGUUCGUAAUAAUA